AAGCCGGGCCGGAAGCGGGAAGAAGGCGAGCGGUAAGGCGGGAGCGGGGGGUCGGAGCGCUUUGGCGGUGCACCGGUCAAGAUGGCGGAUCGGGAGGAGGCGCUGCGGGAGUUCGUGGCCGUGACCGGGGCCGAGGAGGAGCGGGCGCGCUUCUUCCUGGAGUCUGCGGGCGGGGACCUGCAGAUUGCCUUGGCCAGUUUCUACGAAGAUGGAGGGGAUGAAGACAUCAUUACUCUCCCUCAGCCGGCUCCAAGUUCUGUUACAAGAGGCACCACACCCAGCGACCACCGGGUGACAUCAUUCCGCGAUCUUGUCCAUGCUCAGGAAGAGGAGGAGGAGGAGGAAGAAGGACAAAGAUUUUACGCCGGAGGCUCAGAGCGAAGUGGGCAGCAGAUUGUUGGCCCUCCCAGGAAGAAGAGUCCCAACGAAUUGGUGGAAGACUUGUUCCGAGGGGCCAAAGAACAUGGAGCCGUGGCUGUUGAGAGGACGGCCAAGAGCCCUGGAGAGGGGAGCAGGGCAAGGCCCUUUGCCGGCGGGGGGUAUCGCUUGGGAGCUGCUCCUGAGGAGGAGUCUGCUUACGUGGCAGGAGAGUCAAGGCAGAAUGCAGCCCAAGAUGUCCACGUGGUCCUGAAAUUGUGGAAGAGCGGGUUCAGCCUGGACGGUGGCGAACUGCGGAGCUACCAAGACCCGUCCAAUUCCCAAUUCCUGGAAUCUAUCCGCAGAGGGGAGGUCCCUGCGGAGCUCCGUCGGUUGGCGCGCGGCGGGCAGGUGAACCUGGACCUGGAGGACCACCGCGAUGAGGAUUUUGUGAAGCCCCGAGGGACCUUCAGAGCUUUCACUGGAGAAGGGCAGAAGCUGGGCAGCACCGCCCCCCAAGUGAUGGGCUCAGGCUCUCUGGCGCAGCAGGCCGAGAACGAAGCCAAAGCCAGCUCCUCCAUCACCAUUGACGAGUCUGAGCCCACCACCAACAUUCAGAUCCGACUUGCUGAUGGUGGGCGUCUUGUGCAGAAAUUCAACCACAGUCACAGGAUCCGUGAUGUCCGGCUCUUCAUCGCGGACGCCAGGCCGGCGAUGGCCGCCACCAGCUUUGUCCUCAUGACCACGUUCCCGAACAAAGAGCUCUCAGACGAGGACCUGACUCUGAAGGAAGCCAACCUCCUCAACGCCGUCAUUGUCCAACGGUUAAUAUAAGGGGACCCUCCUCUCCGCCCACGCGUAUCAUAGCCCCCCGCGUGAGGCCCAGCGGGGAUCCGUGGCGUCACGGUCGGGUCGUAGCACUGGGUUCGAAGCUCUUGGGUUGGACUCUUUAGUUGCGUUUCCCAUGGUUUUUUGUUUUCUUUUUUUUUCUUUUGUGCUGAUCCAUGGACUUUAAAAACAAACAAAAAAGGCAAAUUAAACCAAACACAGACUUUUUGCAACGAGGAGGGUCCUCGGCCAGGUACCUUCUUUCACAGACGGCCGUGUUGCUGUCCUCAAGGAGUGGCAAAAGGGUGAAGGAUGCGUCACGGCCUUCCUCCUCUUCCUCCUCCAAGGGCAGCCACAAAAUUAUCCCCCCUCUUUGAUGUAUUAAAUAAAGCGAACCCCUAAACUGGGA